AUGGCCGCGAGCGGCGGCGGSGGCGCCCGCGCUCCGCYGCCCGCCGCGCGGCUCGCGCAGGCCGAGGCCCUGGUGGGCGACUGGGUGCUCGAGUUCGCCUGUUACUGCCUGUGCCGCCACUUCCGCGAGGGCCGCGCCGCCGAGUUCCGCCGCUGCAGGGACCUGGCGCAGGCUGUUAUUAAUAACCUCUCCAAAGUAGCUGCACAUCAGAAAAAAACGGUGUAUGUCUGCCAACUUUUGACAAGAAUUUCAAAAGGAAAAAGACUUGAUUGUCAUUUUGAAAAUGAUAAAAGCAUUUCGCCUUUGGAAUCUGCUCUGUCAGUUUGGACUUUGCUUGAAGGGGAAGAAAGUAACCCUGACAAGCUUCAUGAAGAUAUUCGUCGCUUAAUUCAGAUUCAGGUUGUAGCAGUCCAUAUGGAAAAAGGAUAUUUUAAGGAGGCUGCUGAAGUACUUGAAAGGCUGUUUACAGAUUUGGAAUCAAAUAAGCCUUUAAAGAUGAAGCUGGCAACCAUAAUUAAGAGCAAGGAUCCUUACAUUCCCUUUCUUCAAAACUUCAGUUAUGAUCUUAUGAUAAGUAAAAUAAAGAACUAUGUUGAACUCUUCAUGAAAGACAAUGAAGCUAACUUCUUAAUACAGGCUGCCACGAAACAAAUGGAGGCUAAAGACUUAGGAGCAACAGUAUUGCAGAAUGAAGCUGUGGAUGUCAGUGCAACAAAAGAAGAAAUUGAUUUGGAGGCAAAUCCGAGCUUUAUGGAAGAGCUGAGUACUACAAAUCAGUCAUCUGAAAGUGGAAGAAAACUCAAAGGAAGUUAUGUUUCUUGCAGGACUCGCUCAGGAGGCAAACACAGAAAAAGAAGUGCUCUUCAAAGUCUGGACAGCUUGAAGAAUAUAGAAAAACAUGAUGCUUGGGCAUGUGGUCGAAAAAGGCAGCGAUGGACGUACGAAGAAGACAUGGAGCUGAUAUCUGGAGUAAGAGAGUUUGGAGUGGGCAACUGGGCUAAAAUUUUGGUCCAUGGUGACUUCAACAACCGAACUGGUGUCAUGUUAAAAGACCGAUGGAGAACACUCAACAGGGCUGACCAGAUCUAAUUUGGACUGCAAGAAUAAGUUUUAACUGUUCUGGGCCUUUUCUACCUGAGGACAAGCCUAACUCUUCAGAAUAAUUUCAACAUUAUGCUGGUGACUUAAAAAAUUACAAAAAAAAAGUCUCUGUGGAGUUAAAAUAACAGUGCAUUUUGAAGAAGACAUGAAGAAAUGGGAAGAGUGUGAUAGUAGCUCUUAGAUCUUCUUACCUUGUCUUACCUGCCUUGUCUGAAAGUGGAUUUCUUCUAGAAAAGAGGAAGCCUGAGGUUUUGGGUUUUUUUUUUUUUUGCCUAAAGCGGGGCUCAAUAGCUUGUCUGGUUGUGCGCUGCAGGCCCAAACUGAGCCAUGUUUCAUCCCUGCUUCCCAGUGUCUGCAACUACAGCACUAACAAGGAGAGCCCUCCUCUGAGGAGGGGAACUGCAUCAUCAAGGUGUUACUUGGUCACUGUGAAUCYCCUGCUCACAAGAGGCUGCAACAGGAGCUGGAAGGUGCCGCGCMGUUUCUUUUGCCUUAGGCAAUAGGGAAGAAGAUUCCAUGGUUGUCUGCUCUGUAGCACUAAACUGGAUCUACUAGGUUGAACCUGCAUGUUGGCUAUUGCAUUCUUCCUGGAGUUGAAUAUCUUCAAGGGUUUUUUUAUGUACUUCUGUCCUUGGAUAAGCUAUUUAUUUUUAUUUUAUAAGAAYCUUUCAAGGGGAAGUGUCUGUCUAGACUAGUAAUAAAAUAUACCUUUCUCUGCAAUGAUUUUUUUUUUCCUGUCUCCAAAUGAAAGAUAUUCUUGAAGGUUGGAGUGUUCAGAAGAUACAAGGGUGACUCGUACUCCUUUCUGUCUUGGAAAUCUGCUUGUGUUUGAGGUUAAAUGGUCAAGUACAGUUACAGAGGUUUGUUUCUCAUUGUGGACAGGACCUUGGCAAGACUCUGUUCCUCACCCUUGCCUCCAAAAAAAGGGGUUUUGU